AUGGAAGGGGGGGAGAAUGGAGGGGGCGUGGGUGGGUUCGGUGUGAUUGUAAACGAGGAGGGUCUAUCGAAGGGCACGUGGUUACCAGAGGAGGAUCGGGUGCUGAUGGAGUAUGUGGAGUGUUACGGGGCGAAGAACUGGGGUAACCUGGUAACCAGGGGGCUGCUGAGACGCUCUGGGAAGAGUUGCAGGCUGCGAUGGGUGAACCAGCUGAAGCCGGGCCUGCAGAGGUACGGUGGCAAGGGCUGCAAGCGGUUCACAGAGCAGGAGUCCAAUACAGUGCUGGCGCUGCAGGAGACUAUGGGCAACAAGUGGGCGGCGAUCGCGAGGCACCUGCCGGGGCGGACGGACAACGAUGUGAAGAACUUUUGGAACCUGCACCUCAAGCGCAUGGAGCGGCUGCGACGGCAGAGGGAGCAGAAAGGGACCCACGUUGACAGAUAUUGCCGUUUAAGAAGCAGGGGCUCAGAAGGUGUGGGGGAGCAGGAGGCAGUAAAGGAUUGUGGGACAGCAGCCGAGGGAGUAUCAGCAGGGGGGGAUGUAGCAGCAAGCGUAGAAAACGCAGCAGCAGCAGCAGCAGCAGCAGCAGCAGCAAUGACAGGAAAAAUGACCAUGCAGGGCAGGAGCAGCAGCAGCGGAAGCAUUGCCGUGAUUGAGAGCACGAGCCUGCCUCCCUCCUUCCUCUUCUCCCCGAGCUCCUUCACCUGCCCCAUGUCCAUUAGUCCACUGCCCACCAUCCAGGAGGGCCCUGACGCCCCUGCCGCCCCUGAUGCCUUGCACACCCGAGAAAGGCUGGAUGUUGUUGCUCAGAUGCAUGGCAAUGGGGGGAAGGUGCAAGGAGGUGUGCUCUCUGAUGCCCCAGUGGAGAGACGCGUGGUUGCGGCUGCUAUUGGUGGUGGUGAUGCUGCAGAGAAGCAGCUUCACCAGCCGCCAGCGCAGGUGCCAGCAUCAGCUGUGGCACGGCCGCAGGCAGUGAGGCGCAGCAGGACAGGGGAGCAGCGGCCUAAGGUAUCUCUGCACCAGCGGCGGCUCCAGAGAAACGCCUCUGCUAGUGCCGUGGCUGGAGGUUGGAGCAGUGAGACGGCUGGUAGUGGUGCUAGCGGUGCUAGUGGUGGGAGUGGUGGGAGCGGUGCUAGUGGUGGGAGUGGUGGGAGCGGUGCUAGUGGUGGGAGUGGUGGGAGUGGUGGGAGUGGUGGGAGUGGUGGGAGUGGUGCAGGUUUUGGGGUAUCUGUGAGUGAGAUCGGCGGCCCAGAUGCGUUCGCUGGAGGCGUAGGCACAGAGGUGGAUGAUGCUGCUAGCGGCGGGGGUUUUCAGGAAUCGCUGUCAAUGGCUGCAGGACAGGGGCAGACAACCGCAUCCCUUGACAUGCAUGAUAUCGAGCAGCUCCUUAUGGGGGAUGACUGUGCUGCUGACAUGUCCGGAUGCGAUUGGCCCAGCAGCGCUGGAAACCCUGGGCUGGGGAGGACUGGGCCUGGAGGGACUACAGAAGUUGGAGGGGUUGGAGGAAUACAUGAUCACGGAGGAGUAGCAGAAGCUGCAGUAGGAGGGACAGCUGGAGCAGUAGCAACGCCUCUGGGUGAAACAUCUACGGCUGGGGAUGUGGCAGAUGUGAGUGCAGUGGGGCAUCUGCUCUUUGACGAUUCGUCAGCCAUGCAGCAGCUGAGCGCUGAUUGGCUGACUGAUUUCCAGAGGAGCAAUUACGCUGCCUUCACCCCUGACAACGGGGCUGCUCUGGUGCCUGGGGCAACGGCUGUAGCACAGCAAGCAGCCCUGCCAUCAGCUGAGCAUGCAACUGGAAUGCCAUCAUCAGGGGGGGCACCCUCUGUGCCGGUGCAGCAGGGGGUGUGGCAACUUGGAGCGGCUAAAGGCAGGCAACUCGGUCAAGAUGGGUCUGCUGGUGGAGGAGGAGAAUAG